GUUACCCGAGAUGGGGGCCCUCGUACGACAGCUGUAUGUGGGCAUGAGACACGAAGUCCGCCUCGCAACCCUGAGACGGCAUUGCUGCCACGCUCAGGACAUCAUCAGAGAUAAGGUCAACAAGCAGGCCGGGAGACGGGAUGCUGAUCUUCAUAAGGCUGCCUUGACCAUGUACUCGGGACCCCCACCAGCGGGGGGUCGGGGUAAAGGACGAGGAGGUCGCAGGAGCGGGGGACGUGGCCAGCGCAAGCAAUAUCGUCAAUCGGUGGACAGGGAUUGCUGUUUUCUGUGUGGGCAACGUGGACACUGGGCAAAGAAAUGCCCUCAGGCCCGGGAGGAACGCGAGAGUGGCAAGGAAGCUCCACACGCGGACUGACGGUGCGAGUGGGGGGAGGCGAUCCCAGGGACGGAGGAUUACACCGCUGAUAUUUCAGCUGCAGCGGUACAGGGAAGUGAGACACCACACACACACACAGUAGAUAGCGAGACGCCACACACACACACAGUAGAUAGCGAGACGCCACACACACACACAGUAGAUGCUGAGACGACACACACACACAUGGUCAAUGUGGAUGAGAUGCACACACACAUCUUCCUAUCACAAGAGCAAUACAAGAAGUUUCCCAUUUACACCCUGGUGGUUAAUGGCCAAAAUGUACAUUUUAUGGUGGACACGGGUGCCACCCAUUCUGUUAUUCAGGAUGGUGUCCUCACUCCCGCCCCAGGACUGAGUGGGGAUUCCAUCCUGUCCAUAUCGGCAUCUGGACAUCAGCAGAGGGAGCGGUUUACGGUUCCAUUAACCUGUUCACCCUCUACAGGAUCGCAGUUCACUCAUAAAUUUCUCCUCUCUAAAUUAUGCCCGAUCAAUUUGCUGGGCAGGGAUCUGAUGUGUCAACUCAGGCUCACGGUUGUGUCAGGACCUGAGGGGUUGUCUAUUUCGGGACCCCCCACUGGCCCUGAGGAGGACAACAUGAGCACACUCACAAUGGUCAAAUAUUGCCCUUUGACCCCAAACUAUGUGUACCAAUGGAAGAUUGGUCAACAACCGACAAGUUUGCAUUGGCUGGAAUUAUGUCGGGCUAGAGUGGCGCCCUCCUCAGUUUUCAUGGAGGCGGCAGAUUUGCACUGCACGUCUUAUUUCUGUCGUGAAGGUCCAGAUGACGAGUAUGAGGAGCAGUUCUUUAAGCAAACACAUGAUAGACUCAUCCUUCAGUGCUUGGUGUGGGACAAAUCUUUCUGUGCUCUCUCGGUCCAACUCACACCGACUCAGAGUCCCUUAUUUCGAGGGUGGGGAGGUUCCUCACCUCACAUUUCCCUGGCUCGACCGUCGAACCGGGCUUGGAAACACUUAGGGGCAUUUAUGCUGAAGGCUUCCAGAGCUAAAGAUUGGGAGCCCACUUCUGACCCACAUGUUUUAUACUCCUCAUCAGCUCGCGUGUAUUGUCAAGCACUCCCUAGUGCUGUUCACUGUCAGCGUACUGUGCGGCUGGAGUGCCAGUAUGAUUCACUUCUCUCUCUCUCUCCUUGUGCCUCUCCCUCCACAACAGCAGCCCUUGACUCGCUGCCAAAGCAGCUGUGGGCUGAAAACAAAUAUGACGUCGGACUGAUAAGGGGGUGUGAGCCUGUCGUCAUCACACCCAAAUCUUCUUUCCGGCCCUGUCAGAAGCAGUAUCCGCUGAAACAGGAGGCCGUGGCAGGCAUAACUCCUGUGUUUCAUUCGUUGCUAAAAGCAGGGGUGAUUGUGCCCUGCCCCUCCUCACCAGUGCGGACUCCGCUGUUUCCUGUGAAAAAAAUUAGGGGCCCUGGUGAACCAGUGGAGUGGCGAUUUGUUCAGGAUCUACAAGCUGUGAAUAGGGCGGUGGUCCCCAGGUCUCCCACCGUUCCUAACCCGCACACCAUUUUAUCUCAGAUACCGUCCACAGCUACGUUUUUUUCUGUGAUUGACCUGUCAAAUGCAUUUUUCUCUGUUCCAGUUCACCCGGAUUCACAGUACUGGUUUGCAUUUGAAUUCGAGGGGAAACCGUACACCUUCACACGGCUGUGUCAAGGUUAUUGUGAGUCUCCUACCAUCUAUAAUGCGGCACUGCGUGAUUCUCUCUCCUCCCUUGUGCUGUCCCCAGGUUCGGUCCUUCUGCAGUAUGUGGAUGAUCUCCUGGUCUGUGCGCCUACGGAGGAGCAGUGUCAAACUGACACACUUGCAUUGUUGCGUCAUCUUUGUGAGCAGGGUCACAAGGUCAGCAGGAAGAAACUGCAGUUUGUUCUCCCCACUGUCACCUUCUUGGGGCAUGUGAUCUCCUGCUCCGCUCGGAAGCUGUCAGACUCUCGCGUUGCUGCGAUACGCAACAUUCCAAAACCCGUCACUAAGAAACAAAUGAUGUCCUUCUUAGGCAUGACUGGUUAUUGUAGGAAUUUUAUUCCUAACUAUUCAUUUCUUGAGUCCCCUCUUACCAGGUGUAUCUAUGGGUCACACCUUGCAGCGCAAGAACCAGUCCCGUGGACCACGGAGGCCGAGGCUGCAUUUGUGGCUUUGAAGGAGGCCCUCCUCUCUGCUCCGGCUCUGGCUCUGCCUGAUCCAACCAAACCAUUCACACAGAUGGUGGAUGAGAAGAAUGGCUUCAUGUCAUCUGUUCUUUUACAGGCUCAUGGGGACCUGCUUCGUCCGGUGGGGUACUACUCCUCGCGGCUAGAUGCGGUGGCUGCGGGGCUCCCACACUGCCUGCGUGCUGUUGCGGCGGCGGAGAAGGCGGUUUUGGCAUCCAGAGACAUAGUGGGUUAUUCUCAGCUCACUGUUAUGGUACCACACUCUGUGUCGGUCAUUCUACUUGAACAGCGUACCUCGCACCUCUCUGCGGCGCGUUGGCUCAGGUAUACUACUGUUUUGCUGGACAUGCCUAACAUCACUGUUCAGCGGUGCACCAGGCUUAACGCGGCAACCCUCCUCCCAACCGAGGAAGAUGGGGAGCCUCACCAAUGUGAUCAGGUCUUGUCACAGGUCUGCACCCCGCGGGUGGAUCUUUCUGACUCUCCUUUGCCUAAUUCUGAUCUCAUCUUGUAUGUAGAUGGCUCCUCCUCUCGCGAUGUGACCGGAAGAAACCGGGUGGGUUUUGCUGUUUGCUCCGAUCACGACACCCUGGUGUCCGGCUCCCUUCCGGCUCACUUCUCGGCUCAGACUGCGGAGCUGGUGGCCCUCACUGAGGCCUGUAAGCUCUCCAGGGGGAAAACUGUCACCAUUUACACGGACUCUCGCUACGCCUUUGGCGUGGUGCACGACUUUGGUGUCCUGUGGAAGCACAGGAAUUUUCUGACGUCUGGUGGUAAACCGAUCCUGAAUGCAUCUCAAGUUUCUGAUCUGUUGGAUGCUAUUUUGUUACCCUCUGCUAUUGCUGUUGUGAAAUGCUCUGCACACACAGGCUCUGCGGAUUCAGUCUCCAGGGGGAACGCUGCUGCUGAUGCAGCUGCCAGACGGGCGGCGAGUGCACCUCCGGCUCCUCAGCUGACUGUUGCUGACUCCGAGGCCCCCUCAGCUUCUCUUGCUGAGGUUCAAUCGCUGGCUACGCCUGAUGAUCGCCGGCUUUGGUCCUCGAGCGGGUGCAGGUUCGCUGACGGGGUGUGGGUGUCUUCGGAUGGACGUCCCUGUCUCCCUCGCCGCCUCUUCCCUCAUUUUGCUAAGCUUGCUCAUGGUGUUGAUCAUGUCUCCAAGGGGGGAAUGGUACAACAGGUCACAUCUUUGUGGUUUACCAGGGGAUUCUCGGUUGUGGCGGAGCGGCACUGUAAGACAUGUUUGGUGUGUGCAGCUCACAAUGUCGGCCAUGUCCGGCCUGUGGGGAGCGCUGCUCACCCGCCGUCUGAGUUCCCUUUUGACCACCUGAUGAUGGACUUUGUGGAACUGACUCCUGCAGAGGACUCUGUUUCAGAUCAGGCAAACCGUGAAGGAGGCUCUUCCGCGCCCGGCUGAAGGCCCUCUACACCGACUGAACCCAGGGGACUGGAUCCUGGUGAAGGACUUCCGCAGGAAGCACUGGAAAGCCAGACGGUGGCUCGGUCCGUUCCAAGUCCUGCUGGUGACUCACACUGCCGUGAAGGUAGCAGAGCGAGCUACCUGGAUCCACGCGAGUCACUGUAAACUCCUUACGGUGCCACCGCCGGCUCCGACAGCUGAUCUCCCAGCCACAGGGCAGAAUAAUCCCUGAGAUCAGCUCCCGUGUGAGGUAGUCCACCCUCCACGAGGCAACGAUGGAGAUGUUCCUGGUCCUGAUGAUGCUGCUGCCAGCGCUAGCAGUGAUGGCUCCUCCGCUCCACCGUGGGCACGUGGUGGAGGACCUCGCCGGGCCCCAGGACAACCUGUGGUGGAGAGCUGCCCGCGCGGUAGCUCGGGGACUGCAUAAUUCUAGUUGUAUUGUGUGUGCUUUUAUGCCUCAUGCUACCCCUGCUAACACUCUGCUGAUCCCACAUCCCGUCUCCCUCUCCGAUUCUCUAUACACCUUUAUCCGCUACCGCAAAAAUCAAACCCUGCUUACACUGCGAUACCCGAACGCAACUGUUCCCCGUUGACCCCUUUCCGAGAGCCCAUGCAUUUUUCUAAUAUUACUAAUUUCACGUGUGCACACACAGGUACUAUUUACGAGCUCAGGGGCCUACAUUCUCCUUUUGGCCCACCUCCCUUGUGCGUGCGGCAACCUGCUCGGACCCGUUCCCAUUUGGGUGACACUGUUGGCUGUGCGCUCACUCUCAAUGUGUCCUGUUCUGUGGAUCAUCAGCCAUGUCCUAAUGCUACCUCUCCCCAUGCGUCGACCUGGUGGAGUGGUUCACCGCUCUGGUCUGUGAUCUACUUGAACUACUCUGUUUUUACUAACAUGUCUUCGUUGUUUCUCCAGUGGGAUGCUAAAACUGUUCUGAAAGGGGACAUCGUAUCCUUCCCCAGCAGGGCGGGCUAUGGGUGUCCCACGGACAUGGUGUGGGUUUGUGGCCAUAGAUCCUACAUUUAUCUGCCGAGAGACUGGUCUGGUACCUGCUAUUUGGCCCAUUUGAUUCCUGCUGUGACUGUGCAUUCCUCUGCUGCUGAUAUCCCAGGUGUCCGUCGUCUCCGGAAGCGGGCUGUUGCAGUUCCGGAGGACAAGAGACGCAUAGGGUGGGGGCAGGCGUUCUGGGGGGGGUUUUUCCCUUGGCAUGGCACCGUUCGUAACCAGCAUGAGAUUAACUCGCUUGCAUGGGAGUUGGAGAACCUCACCGGUCUCGUCACUGACGGUUUUGAUCUCCUCACAGAUGAGCAGAAGGCCGAGCGUGUCAUGGGCCUGCAGAACAGGGUGGCCCUGGACCUCCUUCUCGCUGAGAAGGGAGGGGUCUGUGCUCUCAUAGGUGAUCACUGCUGCACCUGGGUUCCUGAUGUCUCUGAUAACAUGACUAAUAUACAUGCUCGGCUGUCCUCUCUCCUGGCUGAACUACAUGCUCAGGAGACGGGUGUCCCCUCGUCUGGAUGGGACUUCUGGGGCUGGCUGGCUGGGGCCGGCUGGCGGGCUUGGCUUACUAAGGUUGCUGGCAUGCUAGCUGUUUUCCUAUUGAUUCUGGGGGUUUUCUCCUGCUGCAUUAUUCCCCUGGUCCGUUGUCUGGUUGCUCGCAUGUUCACAGCUACUUUGGCUCAUUAUACUUUGCUUCAUUCCACUGAGCUGUCUGCAUCCUCGUUCGCUCAUCUUUCUGAUGAUUCUGAUGUUGAUGAUGCUGAUGAUUUGGGGUUGAUUGACUGAUGUGGGGGGGUCUGUUGAAGUUGAUUAAACCGUGGUUGAUUUAAUCAAAAGGGGGGAAUGUGAUGGAAAUUUC